AUGCUGAUGCAAAUGCCCCUGCCGUUCUCGCUUCUGUUGCUGAUGGCGAUGAAGAUAUUAGCACAACGUCAGCGACGACAACAACAACGAGUCAGCGAGAAAGAGGUUGGUGACGUAGUGUUCGGAGUGAAGUCGGCACUAGCAAUCCAACAGCACGACGACCAGCCGAUACCAGCUGCUACAGUGACAACGGCCAACAAUAACAAUCAGAUCAACAACGUCAUCGUUUAUGUCGACGAUCGAACUAUGAAAAUAAACAACGUAGCUAAGCCAAGCAAUAGGCCAGCGACUCAACAGAACGAUACGUUCCGGACGGGGAACAAGAACGAGAUCGCCUUGGAGGACUACUAUCUGCUUCUUGAGCUGAUCCUUCAAGCCGCAUUAAACGGUGGAUUUGAACGCCUUCAACGACCUACCGACUCUUCGGUGAAAGAGGACAGGAAAGGUGUUUAUUCCUGUUCAGCCUGCCAUCUGCAAUUUCCCCUUCUUGCCGAGUUACGAGCACAUUAUCGUGCUAACCAUUACAGAGGCGACGGGGAGCGUCGAUUUGAGUGCUCCCUUUGCCACUAUGAGUUUAAGCAGAAGAUACAUCUACAGCGGCAUAUGGAAAAAAAGCACUUUGUACCACAAAUCAGGCCUGCCACGAAGGCGCGAAGUCCACUGCCGACUAGUCAAAUCAGUCAAAUGCAGCUACUGGAGGGCAGCUGUAGGACAUCGGUAGGCAGUUCAGCGGCACAGGCAUCACGAGGACCUGCUUCUAGUGGAGGCGGCGCAUCAGCUACUGGAGGCGAGUUAGUCGCCUUCCGGCCCCCCGGAGCCCCUGAUCUUCCAUUAGACUAUCGCACUCUGCACAAUGCCAUGCUUGAAAAUUUACAAAAAGCCAUUGAGGCGCGGUCGGCACAGAGUAUGUUUGAGAUCAACAACAUGCUUACUGUAGCGGCGGCUGUUCGGGCAGCUGGCGCCUCGCAAGAAAACGAGGAUGAAGAGAAAUGAAAAAUCCUUUAAUGGCGAUGACGCAAAUGGUCAUGGUGAUGAUGAUCAUGAUGAAGAAAAGGAUGCUCAUCAGCGUGAAAAUGGAUCGGUCUGGGGCACGAAGAUGAAACAUGACAACUUCGCUGCCGUUAUUGAUGUUGUACGCUUACACGUAGAUUGCCGAGAGUCGCCGAUGAUCCAGCGACUACAACGGGGAAGUUGUCUCAUAACGGGGAAGCGCGGUCCUAUCCGAUCUGGUCCGAUAUUGGUAUCAGGAAGUCUGAACCAAAAUGAAUCAAAACAAAAAACAAGCAAUCACACAUCACCACUUGCUAUCGGUCGACCGCAGCCAGCGGUUUAGUGCACGCAUGAAUCCAUCACCUGUCUAGCUUAGUGACACGACACCGAAGUGAUGGCAGAGUAAGGGACUAUGGUGCACAACUAAUUAAUGAACGCGCACCGUAUCGUACUGCAGCGGUAGGAGCACCAGCGUUGACCAACUACAGCAAUCAAGAAUCGCUUUAAGUGAACAUAGUCUAUAUAUGGACAGCACGGAAACGACGUUGAAGCAAACAAAAUGCGGCUGAGGGCUAUCGUAAAUGCUACAGCGACCUCACACGAGGUUUCAUGACUUGGAACCUCGCUACCUACAAUCGUGGUUGCAGAAAUCCUCAUGAGGUCAUACGAUGACGCGCUCGCGUGAUCGACUUCUACGCCAGCUGUCAUUGAGAGAUGAGAAUCGUCGCAUCAAAAAAGACGAAAGCGGUAAGCAAAGGAGCAACGCUUCAAAAUCGGAUCACAUUGUCGUCGAGUUCUACAACGCGUCGGUACGUCAAGCCACCGAUAUUUUAUGACAUGAUAUAAUCCGCCGUGCGACGUUAUCGUAGGAUGCUGUGGGCUGCAGUGUUGCGGCCAGACUCAGUCAUACUCGACAAGUCUACAUCUGUUGCAGGCUUAUACCGCUUACUAACAACGUCGUGGGGGGUCAGGAGAAUCCAGAAGAUCUGGCCCCUCCGAUCAACCAACCCACCCCAUCGUUGUUGUGAUUAAUUUUGAAGAGCUUGUAUUGAUCGUAAUGUGUGAUUAUAAUAGAUGAAAUGGGUAAUUAGUUAGCUACAUAUUGAGAGACCGAAAACGAAGAGGUGAAAGAAAAAGAGAUGAUAGGAAAAAAGAAAAAAUGACCGUGAGUGAUGAUUAUAGCAGUCAGUCGUAUUGACGCAAGGGAGAACCGUCCACUGGCUCCAGCGUUUUCCCUGGGUCGUUACCGGCAGCUUUCCUGAGUUGUCAGUUUUCAAACUCCUGUACUUUGUCGGUUUUUCUACAAAGUCCGCAGCAACGCCGUUGACUCGUCGGCUCCAAUUAUCGGAAUCCUAAGAUUUCGAAUUCGAGAUUCCGAAAGUCGCUGCAGCAGCCUGACCUUGCUGGCCGACCGGGGGCGUUGGUGCGUCCGGCUUCCUUUACGUCGCCCGCAUGACAUGUGCGCUCGAAUUUGCUUGUCGUCUUCCGCCUGUCGGCACGCUGCCCUGGACGAUAUUCUGACCACGGUCAGACACCGACCCAUAUACUAACAAAGCAAGCUAUGAAUCAAUAAAAAGAAACGAAACCUAACAUAUGGUAGAAGGACGAAGGCCACUAGGGGAUCUCCAGUAGUUGAACUAGUUGUCGUUAUAGAAUGUGUUUCUUCCUUGUAAGUUUGGGUAGACACUCUUUUUUUGAGAGUGCCCGUUUUCGGUGAUGACGAUGAUGAUAAUGACGAUGAGUUUAGCUUAGGCCACUUUUUUCGGCCUAUGCCUGUGCACAGAUGGGGUUCUCUAUCGGCUCUAAUAGGUUCUGUUACACAAUAUACCCAUUAGUUGUUAGAUACCAACAUUACGUCGUCCUUAUAUAUAGACCAAAACGAGCUUCCAGCAAUAGCAGUGGCAGCAGCGACAUCCGCUUUCAAAGCAGAUCGACGUCUCCCCAAUAUAAUUGCUUCCAUUUCGUUGCAGAAGCACGAUACAUCCAUCCAUGCAUAUAUAAGCAUAUAUAAAAUACGUUAUGUACACCAUAUAUAAAAUAAACGUACAUACCACAACACCGUACGAUACGAAAGGCAGGAUGGCGCGAACGCAACAAACAAACUUCUAUACCUGUAAUAGAAGUCUGCAGUAAGUGAGUCGAGUGAUCAAGUGAUUUCUGUGAUCAGAGAUGUCAUAGGUGGCCCACAAGUUCCUCCUGGUGGAGCUUGUAAGUGGGUUUUUUCACAAGCGAAUAUAUCGAACAUGCGUUACGGGAUCGUUCGUGCUGGCGACGCUGUUACAUUCGGACGUCUUCCCGUGGACUAGUCAAGAAUCUCCUCUGGCGGUCUUUGGACAGCAGCAGUCUUCUGUUAUAACUGACUGAAAUACAUACUAUGCCCGUGUCAAUCCACCAGAAACGGUCAAAAAUUUAUCGCGUUAUUCGUUAUUACCUUCGUCUAAUUGCCCCGGCCUAAUGAUGACGAUGAUGACGGCAACAAUGGUGUCGACCAUGCAGGCUGAAAAUUAUAUGAUACAAUAGAAACAAAAGCAAAAUUGAAAACGAGUUUCCUGUGGCCCGAUGGUGCGCGGACGUUCGCACGAUUUUUUAAGAAUGCCGUAAAAAUAUGUAUUAACCAGCCGCAGCGAAAUGAAAAGUUUCCGGUAAUAUCUAUAUAAUAAAGAAAAAAAAAAAAAGGUGACAAUGAAAAUCACUAAUAAGGUGCGACAAGAAAGAGAUAGUCGGAAGUAAUCAAUUUAUGUGAUGGACAGUAACCCUGUGAGAAGAUGUGACUAUUGACCUUGAUCUACUGAUUGUACGCAUAGUAUGAUUGUUGCUGUUGGCCUUAUUACGUCCCAUAAUAUGCAAUUUCUAUACUUACAUCUUUGUCGCUGUCGUCGUCGUCGUCAGAAGGUGGCGGUCAAUGACGGAGCCGCUCGGAAAGGGGAGCAAACGAGAGCCAUCCGUCAGUGUGAUUGUGACGAAGGCUAGAAUCGAACCCCGAUAAGUUGUAAAUUAGCAGCGGGUGACUGCGUCUGCUUCCAUGUGUAUGUUGAAACCAAUAGUCAUUGUUGAUCCUACAGAAAUUUUUAAGACAAUUACGAUUUUUGCCGUUGAUGUUGAUUGAUGUUGGCCAGAUGUUUCGUUUUGAAAGAGUUAAAAUUCGUUUUUCCUCUAUUAAAAGAAAAACUUAUCCUAAAAUUUAGUCAUAUCAGAACUUGAAGAUUUGCGUACAUGUCCAGAGACUGCGAUGCGUCUUGAUACGACGACUGUUUAACAAAUGAGCUUAUAUACCAUGAACGAAAGGAAGUGAAACAGUGUAUGCGUUUGUGUGCAUCAUACAGAUUCCAAACAAUGACGAAUGAUAAUGAUGAUCCUGAAUGAUGGCGGUGUUGAUGAUGAUCUGAAAACGUGUGACAAAGAGCAAAACCAGAUAGGAAGCGA